AUGACCUCUGGAUCACGAUUGGCAAAAGAGCAGGUCAAAGAAAGCGACAUAGCCACAAACGAAGCCCUACUCUUCCACGCAGAGGCUUCCAGGCUUGCAAAGUCAUGGCUCACUGGCGCCUUUGGCAAGCCGGAGAGGGAGGGAGAUGAUGUGGAACAGGAUGAUAUGGAUUUCACUGCCAAUGCAGCCAAAUAUUCGGAGACCGGCGGUCUAGGCUUCCAGGAGGCUGCAGAUCAAACCUCCAAAAUUUCCCUCUCGGAGGGCCCAGACCAGACGACGACCUUCUUGCGCAAACAAUUAUUCCACGGCCAACGCGACGCAUACAAUCUUACGACCCAAAAACCCCGACCGAGGAAGAAUUUCGCAGUAAAACGAGGUGAUAGCGAUGACGAAGAAGAGGGGCGGUCAGGGCUUGGGAAGGGCAAAAGCAUGAAGCGGAAGACAUCUAACCAAGACCAAAUUGAAUCACGACGUACUUCCGAGAUCGAGACUGCGACCCAAAACCACGGGAAUAAUUCAGACACGGCUGACACUGACAUGGCGAAACCUGCACCUAACAAAACGGAUCUUGAAGCAUGUUCAACAAAGAAGCGAGGCACAAGCUACCUUGACGAAAUCCUGGCGAUCCGAGCAACAAAGAAGAACAAGAAAAUGAACAAGGCACUGAACAAGAAUAAUCCAAACCAAAAAUCCGAAGGAUGA